AUGGCGGAAGGUAGCAGUCCAGUCGAGCAGCCUGCGAAAGAUCAAGAUCAAGAUGUGCGAUUCAAAAUCACAAGAGCGCCUUCCGGCAAAGAUCCCGCAAUCCGAUACAUGUGCUCAUCACUCUCCGACCCAGAACGAAUCGCAUACAUGCCCCGGUACUUCACCGUCCUGAUGCGCGCCGCCAUGCUGAACUCGGGCGUCUUCGAAGAAUGCAACGACUGGUCAUGCAUGACCGUCUGGAUGCCACCGGGGAAACGCAUCGAUAACGAACUCACAAUUUUUCAAGCUGGAUUCCUGGGCUCGAUCCUCAGACUAGGGUUCGGUGGGGCGAAACGGAUGUUGAGAGAUUUCUCGGCGCAGGUGGAGAAGGUGAAGAAGAAGUGGAAGAAGGAAUCGGGGAUUCGGGAGUUUUGGUAUUUAUUUUUUGUGGGGACGAGGAAGGCGGAUCGAGGGAAGGGGUUGGCGAGUGAGAUGAUUCGGAGGUGGCAGCGGAGGGAGGAAGUGGGGGGCAAUUUUCCGAUUUGGUUGGAGGCUACGACGGAGAGGAGUAGGGAUUUGUAUAAGAGGUUGGGGUUUAGGGAGUUGGAGGUUUUGGUUAUGGGGAAGGGAACGCAUGGUAGGGAUGGGGCGGUGGAGAAGGGUGGUGAGGGUGUGAGGUUGUGGGCUAUGGUUUGGAUGCCGGAGAAGACCCAGAAUUGA